AUGAUUAAGGACGACCCCGGGGAAGAACAAGGGGCAGCACACGAUGUAGGACCCGAAGUGGAACGGGAAGAAUAUGUGGUAACGGAUUACGAAUAUGACGAAUCUGACCAGGAAUUAGAUGAAGAGAAGGACGUAGAGGAGGCACGUAGUGAUCCCCACCUGUCGAAAGCCCCAUCAGAUCCCCGCACGGUUCAGAAGGGUGAUACAGACUAUCUACGCUCUCUCGAGGAAGCAGUUAUCAGCCUCAAGCUUCAACUUUUCACGGCCGAAGCAAGGGAUGUACGAGCUGAGAAAAGGGUAGAGGUAAUCACCCAAGAGGCGGAUGAACUGGCUGAACUCCUGAUACGUCAACUCGACGAUUGA